CUCUCUUUGAUACACGAUCUUCGGUUUCAGUCCGCGUUGCCUCGUUGUCUCGUUUUGAAAGCGUCCGGACGAUUGACAGCCUCCGCUGAUGAAGUGGACACAGCUGAACGGGGACGCAGACGGGAGCCGGUAAACCUUGGAACAUCCAAAUCGCUGACUAAGGAAGAAAAUCGCGUUUUGUUUCCGUGUUCGUUUCCGGUUGUUACCUGGCAGCAGCUGCGGCAGAGAGAUGCUGUCAUAUAAAGAGACGUCAUUGAUUUCAAAGGCAGAAAAAGCCGCUGUUGUGACACACUUAACGGGAUCGUUCAGGAUUGAAAUUCAGCGCAGGAGUGAGAUUUGAGUAAAAGUCUGUGCUUCCCCACCAAGGAAGUGAAACCCAUGACAGAGAAGAUUCAUUCACAUCCGCUACGAGGGGAAAUGUCUUUGGCUGAAUUAAAGGCGCUGAUCACGUUGCUCAGACGUACCAGCCCGAUCGAAAGGUUUGAGUAAUCAGGGAAACGUGGCCACGAUGCUGCUGCAGUGUGUUUGUCUCCAUUAACGGGCCUACAAAACAGAUAAAUAAAAUGUUUGAAUAGACUGCCACCUCUUUGUUUUCCUGCAGUAUCAUAAAACAUUUCUGCCCAAGAUUCACUUUGGUUCAGAUUUGACUCUGGACUCUGAAUUCAUCUUCCUCCUUUAUCCAUUUAAUGGAAAAACACCAAAUGAUAGUAGUUCGGGACAGAAGCAUCAUCUUUUAUCCAGCCCUGCAAUGAUAUUCUUACAUGCAUCAAAAGGAAGUGACUUUUAAAGCUCUCUUGUAUUAUCCGUUCGCCACGUGUUGUGAUGCUAGAUGUGGUAAAGAUGAAGGAGACUUGCAGGAUCUGUGCCCGUGAGCUCUGUGGCAACCAGCGCAGAUGGAUUUUCCACCCAACAGCCAAGCUCAAUCUGCAGGUGCUGCUUUCCCACGCGUUGGGCCGUGAGCUGACCCGGGAUGGCCGUGGUGAGUUUGCGUGCUCAAAAUGCACCUUCAUGUUAGACCGCAUGUACCGCUUUGAUACAGUGAUUGCCCGAGUGGAGGCAUUGUCUCUGGAGCGUCUCCACAAGCUACUCCUCGAGAAAGACCGGCUGAGGCAGUGUAUUGGAGGCCUGUACCGGAAGAACAACUCAGAGGAGUGCAGCGUGGUCCCCCCUCCAUCCAGUGUCAGAGUCGUGACUGAGAUGGCGUCUGAAGACGCUCCUGUGGUGGAUCUGUCAUCACUCCAGGAUGUAAGAUACUCAGACAUGAUCCAGGACGAUCUUACCUUCUCCGUGUAUGAGUCCUGGGCUGAUAAGGAAUACCCUGCCCUGGACCAUCAUCACCACCACCUCCACCAGUGCACAGGAGCAGACUCCCUCUCUGGUCACAAGCAGAGGCGAUGUAGGGGUUGUGCUGCACUUCGAGUUGCUGAUUCUGAUUAUGAGGCUGUAUGUAAGGUUCCUAGAAGGCUCGGGCGCAGAAGCACAUCCUGCGGCCCAACUACCCGCUGCUCAACCUCCACACAGGAAGUGGAGUAUGUGGCCAGAGGCCCUGGAGCUGAUACAGCCAUCACCUUUGAGUCACCUUCUGCUGGGAUGGAACCUGAAAAGACCAUUUGUGAGCAGAAGAGUUCCAGUCCUACAUCAUCUGUGGAGUCUCUCAACACCACUGUGGACGUCAGUUGUCUUCCUUCAGAUCAUAAAGAGAAGGAAGAAACUGACCCAGAGAAAGAUGGAAGUGAGGCAGUGGUGAGAAGAGACAUUCAGUGGGACAAGACCCCAUGUGAGAGCUUCCUGUCUGGGUUUGAGAUGAUGCUGACCCUCUUGCGGGGUUGUGAGCACCGACCAGUGAAAUCCCGAAGGGGCAGCAAGAUCCCAGUUCUAGUCAAAACCAAACCGGAGCGAGGACUGUCACUGCCCCUGCACCUAUCACUGAGGUUGCCCUAUGCAGAGAUGGCAGACUGUGAGCUGCACACCCACCACAGUAUACCAGAGAUCGUGACCCCAUGUCCCCAACAGGAGCUGCAGGCUGAGCUGGAAGAGAUGGAGGAGCAGUGGAUGGAUGAUUAUGUUCUGUGUGGGCCAUUUCAGUUUCAGCAGUAUGAGAGUGCUGCAGGUCAGUGUGUUGGCGAGCUGCAGAAGGCCCAGGAUCAGGUGCGCUCACUACAGGCCAAGAUCAGAGAGAGCGAGACGAGGAACCAGAAGCUGCAGGAGCGUCUAGGUGAAAUGGAGCUUGAGCUGCGAUCGGCCCAAGAGGAUGCCCAGCAACAGGAGAGAAAUAUCCAGAACCUCACUGAUACUGUAAACUCCAAACAGGCAGAGGUUGCAGAGCUGUACAGGGUGAUUGAGGAGCAAAAUAAGACACUGUGCUCACUCAAAGAGUUUGCCAACCGCAACCAGCUGCAGCAGCUGCAGGCGUCUGGUGCAGAGACUAUUAGAGGUCAGGGUGAGGUCCUGGCUCUGCAGGCCUCUCUGUUCCAAGCUCAACUGGAGCUGCAGGCUGGACAGAGAGCCCAGUGUCAGGCAGUCAGGACUCAGGAGGACCUGAACCGGGCCCUGGAGAGACAAGAGAAAGAGCUGCAGGGGUCGCUGGGACACAAGAGGGAGACAGAGAGACACAACCAGGAGCUGCAGCUCGCUCUAGAAAAGGCUCGAUCAGCUCUCCAGGAGAGAGAGGAGCAACUGAGAGAGGGUGAGCGAGAGCGACAGAGAGAAAAGGAGGAGAGAGAGAAGAUCAUCAGCGAGCUGAAGGCUUCCCUGAAGACCAAAGAACAGCUGGUGGAGGAAUGCUGUGAGUUCCUGGAGGAUCCAACGGAGAAAAGAGACUCUGUGCUCCAGAAACUUCGCCAGCGUAUAAAGGAGCGAGACAGAGCUCUGGAGAAAAUAGUCGAUGAGAAGUUCCGCUGCAUGGAGGAGAAAGACGAGGAGACUCGUCGCCUGCAGCUGCUGCUCAGAGAAAAGGAGAGAGAUCUAGAGAGACAGCGCUGCGUCCUGGCCAACAAUGAGGAGACCAUCACUAGCCUGGAAGUACUGCUGCGGGGUAAGGCUCUGGAGCUGGAGCAGGUGUGUGAUGCCUGGAGGAACGUCCAGAGGCAGCAGCAGGAGAGUGAGGAGAGGCAGAGCUGCAUCCUGAGAGAGAGAGAUGCCAUCAUCAACCAGCUGCAGAAGGCACUGCACACCUGCACACAGGAGGCUCAGGAUCUGCGCUGCUCCUUGCUGGCUCAGAUCCAGUCUGCUCCAGGUGAUGUUCUGGAAGAGCUUAAGGUCCGGCUCCACCUCAAAGACCGCCUCUUCCAGGGAGUACUGGCUGACCGGACCCAUCAAGCUCAGGAGCACCAGAAGGAAGUUCAGGAUCUCCUCAGAAGCAUCAACAGUAGAGACCAGUAUAUUAAGGACUCUGCAGUCCGCCUGAGUGAGGUCAUAACUGAGCAAAAGUCAAGACUCCAGGAACUUCGCAAACAGCUGAGCUCAGGUUUUGGAUCACAGCCUGACUUUGGAGCAGACUUGGCUUUGGAGCUUCAGGCAGUGCAGGAGGAGCUUUUUCUGGCUCUAAGGAGGGAGAAGGAGAGUCAAGAACUUACCAGGAGUCAGACUGCAAGGCUAGGCUCCCUCAACAGGACUCUGCAUGUGAAGGAGGAGAUCAUCAGGGAUUUUCAAAGGCAGAUGGUGGAUCCUUCAGGCCUCCCUCUGGUGGAAAGACUGACCCAGGAGGUCCAGGAGCUUCGGGAGAGACUGGGUCAGGAGGAUAGCCCCCCAAUGAGAGGCCCUGUCCUAGGCCGUGACCGGCCUAACAGCAGGCAGCCUGACUUUGGAGGUGGGCACCAGAGAAGCAUGGGACAGUAUCUGAAUCUGUCCUGCGGCAUGCUGCUUGAAAGUCAGGGGCUGAUCAAAGUCAAGCAGCUGGUGGAGCAGAAGAGGCUGGUUGAGAGAGAGCUGGGAGAGCUGAAGGCUCAGCUGGAGAAAGCAGGAUUCUCUUCAGUAUCACAGAUGAGGAAAGCUCUGUUCAGCUUGCAGGUAGAGAAUGAAGAAGUAAAGCGUCAUCUGAAUGGAGGGUUGGAGUGUGCCAGUGAACGGAGUGAUGAGCAGAAUGCACUGGAUGGUGAAGACAAGGAUGAAAAUGAGUUGGAUGUGACCAUAGAAGAAGAUGAGGAGGAAAGCUCUGAACUGUGGGAUGCCUGGGAAGGAGAGCUUUGCCUGUCCCAGGCCAAGAGCCAGAGCAAUGAUGAACAAAGGAAAAGGAGAGCCAGCAGACAUCAGACGUUGCCACUGGACUCUAAAUCGUCACAGUACAAUGACCUGGGUGGCGAGCUGUUCGCAGAUUCACAACAGGCCACUGCGUCCUCUGCAGCUUGUGAGAAGGCAGUUCAUCUGCAGCAGAAAAGCAAAGAGCUGCAGGAGAGGCUAAUGGUUUCUGAGGCCACAGUGCAGGCUCAGGCCGAGCAGCUCAAAGAUUACAGGGACUUGCUCACAGAGACAGCAGUGCAGCAGGACAGUAAACAGAUUCAGGUAGACCUCCAGGAUCUGGGCUAUGAGACCUGCGGCCGCAGUGAAAAUGAAGCUGAGAGAGAAGACACCAGCAGCCCCGAGUUUGAUGACCUAGAAAUGUGUACGUCUCUGGAAUGCGGUUCCCAAUGGUGGCCUGCCAGCAGCAAUGACAAAACCACCACCCAGAGCUCCGGUUAUGGUAACGAGGCCUCCUCUCUCCAGCACCUUGUUAAGGACCUCCGCUCACAGCUAUCCCGCUCCCAGGGAGUGAUCUCCGGGCUCCAGAGCCGCCUCCGAAGUAAGUCCAAAGAAAUUAGGAGCAGAAAAUUCGACACACUGAUCCAGGCUCAGGCCAAAGAACUGUCUCACCUCCGCCAGCGGCUACGAGAGGGUCAGGGUGUGUGCAGCAUCCUCACCCAGCACCUGGGAGACACAACCAAGGCGUUUGAGGAGCUGCUGAGAGCCAACGACAUCGACUACUACAUGGGCCAGAGCUUCAGGGAUCAGUUAGCUCAGAGCAGUGCUCUGGCACAGAGAGUUAAUGCCAAAUUUGGUGGAAGAGAUUGUUCUGAAAACCCAGAUAAGACAGAGCUACUUGCCAUCCGCCUCAGUAAAGAGCUGCAGCAGAAGGACAAGGUCAUUGAGUCUCUCCGUGCCAGACUAAACCAGCAUCAGCAGCACCAUCAUCCUCAUCGUUCUGACACACCCUGCAGCGGUCAUGCCCUCUCUGAUACCACCGACCAAUCAGAUCGCAUCUCUUAUGUGUCCGAUGAGCAUGGAUCCACAAUUGAGGACCUGGAGUUGAACUCUGAUGUCGAUGCUGCCAGUGAGCUUGGUCAGGAUGAAUCACGGAUUUCUGCCAAAGUGAGCACAGAUUGUCACCAUGGAACAGUGUCACGCCAUCCAUCUAUUCCUCCAUCUAUCACCUCAUCUCACAGAACCCAGUCCUGUCAUAGCUGCUCCAGCAUGCAAUCCACCAGCUCCCAACACACAGGCAUGCAGAGUCAGACAGCUCCUGUCUCAGUUUUCAACCCUACUUCCUUUCACACUUCCCCCACUUCCUCCGCCCAGAAGACACGCUUGCCCUUCCAUCCUCGCCCUUCCAACCUGCGAACACGUUGCCAAAGCAGUGGGGGUAUGGGUUUCUCCCUGACUGAGGUGCACCAGGAGCUGCAGAUGUUACAAAGGCAGCUGGCAGACAAAGGCAGGUUUUCUACUCCUCAAGCCAAACCGCUUCAGGGUUUCCCAUUUGUCUACCAGCAGCCGGACUCCUUUGACUUACUGCCUCUCUCCUACCAAGGAUUCCAACCUUCUCCUUUCAGCAGUGCUGCUAGCAACAGUAGUCUGGAUGCCAGCUUGACAAUGAAAGCUGGGGCCAGCCUCCUGGAGAGCAGUGCAUUGUGGGAUGUGAGCUAUGAAAAUCGAGCAGUGAGAACUGGAGCUGACCUGUCAUCAGGAUCCUCAGGGUACCAGUCAGGCAACAGUCACACAGGUUCAGACCUGAUGAAGGAGCACUUGAAGGAAAUCAGGAGUCUGAGGCAGAGACUGGAGGACUCCAUCCACACCAACGACCGUCUCCGACAACAGCUGGAGGAGAAACUGGCCCGAACCACCACCGAGAAAGGUGCUCCUACGAAUAUUUACAUCCAGGGACUGGAAUCAGUCAACCAGCUUGCCAGUGAGAUUAGACUUCUAAAAGAGGAAAAUGUUAGUCUACAAAAUCAGCUGAAGCAGGUUACCAAAGAGAGCACUAAGGAGGCAGAGCAGCUGAGGGAGGUGGCGCUCCAGGAGCGUUCCAGGGUGAAGGAGGUGGAGCUAGAGGCUGAGAAUAUCUCCUCCAAAGGUGCUCCUACGAAUAUUUACAUCCAGGGACUGGAAUCAGUCAACCAGCUUGCCAGUGAGAUUAGACUUCUAAAAGAGGAAAAUGUUAGUCUACAAAAUCAGCUGAAGCAGGUUACCAAAGAGAGCACUAAGGAGGCAGAGCAGCUGAGGGAGGUGGCGCUCCAGGAGCGUUCCAGGGUGAAGGAGGUGGAGCUAGAGGCUGAGAAGUGGGCAAAGCAAACCAGGAAGCUCCAAACUGAGGGUGAAGCUCAGAGUCAGGAGAUGUUACACCUGAAACAAGACAGACUGAGGAACCAGGAAGCCGUCAACAGGCUCCAGCAUGAGUUGACUGUUCUCCGGCAGCAGCUUUGUGAGAGCCGCAGUUUGGUCCAUUCUCUUCAGCGUGAGCUGCAGGUGUAUCGCAAAAAGGGGAGAGUCACCACAAAUGCACCCACUGGUCAAGGCAGUGACAGCACAACAGUCUUUGAUCCCAAAGACCUGCACAUUCAGCUGGAGCAGCAGCUGAGCAGAGAAGCUGACACGCAGCCUCAAGCCAGGAGGCAGCUCUUCAGCGAUAGCGUUCCCUCUCCACCUGUGAGAGACACUGGACUUUUCAGUCCUUCCUCUCCUUUGCAUGCUAUGCAGAAACACACAGAGGAAACUGGAGCAACUGAUCAGGCAGGCUCAACCCUGCAUGGACAUCGCACAGAUGGCUGUUUUUAUAACUGUCAUGGCCGCCAUGCAGUGGGCCACAUUGAUGACUUCAAAGUUCUGCAGCAGCACAUCCUCCAGGGAAGUGCGCUCCUCCUUAAGAUGGAGACUGCUCUUUAUUCUCUGAGCACCUCACAGGAGUUCUCCUUUCAUCAGCUUUCAGACUGGGGUUCUGUUCAGAAGCUGCUGCUGGACACUAAAACUCUGCGGCAGAUACUGGAUGAGGCCGAGUCUCUGCUUUGCGUGUUCUGGAGAGCAGCUCUGCCUAAAUCUGAGGAAGUCCAACAGGCUCUCAGAAAGAAUCACACCACCCUACACAGAGAUCAGUCUCUGAGGGAGGAGGUCCUUUCUCUCCGUCUGAAGCUCUCAGAGCAAGAACAGGCUCUAAAGGACACAAUGGAGAGAGUGAAGAGCUCCAGCGGCACCAAAGAUAGCAUGGAGCACUUUAUAGUCAGCCAAUUGUUGAGAACACGCGAUGUCUUGAGAAAAGCCAAGACCAACUUACAGGAGAAUGAACUCAGGAUUUCUUCCCUGCACCAAGCUCCUUUUCCCAUUCCUCCUUCUCCUCCCUCACUCCUCUCCUCCUCUUAUUCUUCCUCAUCCUCAUCCUCACAACUCUGGCCUGGUAAAGGUGAAAUCUCAGGCGGACGCUUCUGUGAGCUCAACAUGUCUCCUGGUUGGAGUGUCAUGAAGCCCCAAACUUCACCCUGUAGCUCUUCCUCCUCUCCUGCCCAGGGAUGGACUCCGCACCAGCUCCCCCUGCAGGAAGUCUUCCUGUAGCUCAGAGUUCAUCAACACAGACAGAGAUGGCAGUGAUAUUUUAUUAUUUGUAUCAAUGGUAUAAUUUGUGCAGAUGUUUGCAGGAUUUUAAUGGAGGGAACUCAAAGGUUUUUCUUGUUCAUAUGAGUUAAGUCUCAGUUUGGCUGAAGUUUGUUUAUGAUUCAUAGCGUCUGUCUGAUGCGGUCUUUUUGCAUUAUUACUAUUAAACCAAAUUUUAAUAAGAAUUUUGUAAUAAGAAUAAACUACAUUUAAAACAGUUUGAAAACGUUUAGAUUUAUCAGCAAAUUAAUCAGCAAUUUCUGGAGGAUGCCCUUGACUCACAGUUUAAAAGUGACAAAUCAGGAAGGAGAUUCACCUUUGUUACUUCAGCAGGGAUUUUAAAAUGCAAAAAAUUUGUUUAAUGCCAGCAGAAAAAGGGAGAGUUAAAGAGCAAAAUCCAAAGUGCUUCCUCUUAGCCUCUGUUGAGGCUCAUGUUUGUAGUCAGUGUGUAGAAUUACAUGCAUGUGGUGUGAGCGUUGUGAUAAAACAAAGCCAUACUCCCCAGAGGUAGUUAUGUUUUAGUUUUGUCCUCAUAUCCCAAUGAAAAAAGAACAUAGACCUAUCAAAAGACGUGCAGUCGGUCGUGUAGCUGGUAGAUGAUGUUCUAACUUUCAAGUAACACAGCAGUGUCACUGAUUCACCGUUCACCCUCGAACUUCACUUUUUCUGUUAGACAUGGAAACAAUCUUUCCUUUAUCUUUAGAUAUUUUAAAAUGGGGGUCUGGCAUCAUCGACUUGCAGGCUUGAUAAACCUUGUAAAAAAGAUACUUGCGAGAUACAUUUUAAUAAAUGGUCCAGAAAGGAUGACAGUUCAUUUUUGUAACGAGAAAAAAAAACCCAUAGCAUUUAUAGCAUAGCUUUUUCUUCUUCGUCAUCUUUUUUUUUUUUUUUUUAAAACAACUUUUUUUCCAUGUUUAUUUUUUGUUUUUAGCUAAAUUUGUCAGUAUCUGUUUUGUCACAGCGAUAUUUAAAAAAAUAAACACGUCUCUGGAAGCGUUUCCUUUGGAAGAGGUUUUGUGACACUCACAGUUUAUUUUAUUUCAUUGGCUCCUCUUGUGUUUAUUAUCAUUAUCAUUAUUAUUAUUGUUUAGUUUGUUUUUCGUGAUUUUUUUCUGUUUUGUAGGUCACCUGUUUUGUUUUGUGCAUGAACUGUGGCUUUACUGCCCUCUAAUACUUUUACUGAAAAAUGGAAAUUCUGGGGUUACUGUGCAAUACAUAGCACUGUGUUUCUUUGCUUUUGUUUUUAAGCUUGAGUAUUAAAGUGCCAUGUCAACGGUUUUAAUUCUAAAACUGAACUGAUUUAAGAAAAUUAUUUGUUAGAUGAAUGCAUGUGACAAUCAGUAUGGAGCACUUUUAUUGGCCCAGGCAUUUUUAGCUAUCUAAAUCACAUAAAACAGCACUCUACUAGUGUAGUUAAGAAGCAAUAAAAUGAACCAAAGUAGACAACUUGCAUGUUGUUAAAUCAGGUUUAAAAGAGAUUAAACAGUUUUGGACUGUUUUCCCUUAGAGGUCAAAGGUCAAACUUGUUUUGUUUUUGUUUUUUUUAGUGUUAGAGCUGUUUGAGGAGCCACCCUUCAUAUAUGUGCAUAUUAACGGUAGUAUGUACAUCAGAGAGAAGAGAUGGCCUUUGGAUGAAGGCCAUUUGUAUUUUUAAGACUGUUCUCUUUAUUAAAAUGUUUUGUGGUGAAGAUCUUUCCAAUAAAAGGGGACAAAAAUAUC